AUUCAGAUAGACGUUAUUACUGUUACAGCCUCUGCAUAUGAAUUUCAACUUCGAAUCUUAAAAAAAUUUGAGCGCGAGGAUUCGUUUUGCUGAAUUUCUAAAAAAAGUAGUUUUAUGGAUUAUCACAUGAUCUCCAAUGAUCGUAUAUACAUAUGUCAUCAUUUGAAAAUUUUUUAGAAAAUGGAAUAGACCAAGCAAACAAAAUUGCAAGAGGAGGAAAAUAAAAAAAUACUAGAGCAGCCAAUCAAACUCAAUAUCAUGACUGAAACUCAAAUGAUAGCAAAGAGCAGAGGGAUCCGUUCUGAAAAAUACAUUAUUUUUAAUGCAAAUUUCUUCGUCAGAACACUGAGAGGCGGGUUCUAUAUUCCAGCAGAGGUUUGCCUAAUUGAGUUUUCAAUAGAUGAGGGGAUCACAAAUAUAUAUCACACUUUGAUUAAACCGUGCAUAUCCUUGCACGGAGAGCAAUAUAAUGCCAAGAUACACUCUGAUGAGACGCAUCGAUUGCCAAUACCACCAUAUGCUAUUGGUGAGAAAAAUAUAGCCAAAGUAUAUAAUGAAAUAAUUGAGUUCACAAAAGAGAAAGAAACAAAUACUUAUCGGCCAGUUUAUACGAUACAGGAAGGUAUGAAAAUAGCGCAAAAUAUCGUGAAUUUCAUGAAACUUGAUUUGGGGACAAACGACAUUAAAUUAGAUAUACGACCGCUAGAAGUUUUGCUGGAACAUAUGAAAAACGCGUCCAUCAGCGUAAAUGCAGCCACAAGGUCAGAAAUCUCAUUGUUAUUUGAAGAGAGGGUGUGCGACAAAAUCCAAACAGCCUGUCAGUUUCACCAGAAUAUUGAUAAUACAGAACAUUGCUCAAAGGCUAUUGCAACAUUAUGGUGUCAGAUCACUUGUGAAUAUAUAUCCAUUGAUUAUAAAAGAAAGCAAAACAUAGAACACACCGAAAUACCCAAAAAAGAAGUUUUCCAUGGUUUCUCGAAAAAUAGUUACAGUAUUCGACGUGGUCAUGGUGGUAAACCAUUGAGUGGACGUGGAUAUAAUCAUAACUCCCGUAAACCAAGUACUUUUUAUUAUGACGAUAAUAAUGCCAACAAUUCUGUUGAUAUUAAUACAGUCAGUAAAAUGAACAAAUGUAAAAAAGAAAAUAAAUUCUGCAAUACCCGGAUUGCAAUGGAAACUGUAAAAAAUAAUCAAUCACACGUACGUGGUACAGCUAGUAAAAUUUUACAUAACAAUCAUACAACGCAUCCAGGCAAGGAACAAUGCAAAUUAACGCCCCAAUGUAAUGAUAAAGACAACGUUCAUCAUUCUGAUAAUACCAUUUAUUCAGCUAAUGGUGUACAUUCUUGUGAUCCUUUAAAUAUACCUGAAAUCAAUAUCAUUAUACUAUCCCAAUUGGUACGUGGUUCAGGUAAACCAUUGAGUGAACGUGGAUAUAUUCAAAACUCUAGUAAAUCAAGUACUUUACGCUUUGUGGAUAAUAAUGCAAACAGUUCUAUUGAUAUUAACACAGUCAGGAAAAAAAAUAAAAUUACGAAUGAAUGUUAUACCCGGACCUCAAUGGAAACUUUAGAAAGUGAUGAAAUACUUGUACGGGGAACUGCUAAUAAAGUUUUAUAUAACAUUCAUUCAACGAAUCCAGACAAUGUGGAAUGCAAUGAUGCAGGCAUUGAUAAUUUAAAUAUACCUCGUUGUCCAUCUGAAAACAAUAUUACUGAAUUAUCCCAAUCAACACGUGACACGGGUGUGGUGCGUGGUGGAGAGUUUCGUUUUGAGAAAAUUGCAAAAGUAACUCAAAGUAGCUCUCCUACUCUUCCAAGCUUUUCAUUCAUAAAAAAAAUAAAAGCACUCAAAGGAAAAGAUGUCCGAUGGUGCGUAUGAGCAACAUCAAAUUGUUUUCAGUAUCUUCGAACUCGUCGGUUAGUGCGAUUGUCAAAGGAAUUAAAUCGGAUAAAAAUUGAAAGAAAUUUAAAUUUCUCCAACUUUUGUUUAAAACAAAAAAUAAAUCACUUGAAUGUGUAAUGUGAUUUAUAAA